AUGGAGCAGUGGCAGAAAGUUAUCAUUAAAGAAUACGAAACAAGAUACGGCAAGAGAUAUGAAUCAUUCUCGCAUCUAUUUUAUGAAGCGUAUGACCUUAGCAAAGAAGGUGAUGAUGAAAUUAAAUACAAUCUUUUAGAGAUUGGUGAAGAUUUCGGCGAUGUAACCUUUGAUGAAAUGAGGUGGAUGGUCAUUUACAGAUCGGCUAGAAAUAAGAUUGCGCAUAAAAAAAAGUGGUAUCCGGAUCAUAGAAACUUUCAUAUACAACACAAUGAAGCCCUCGAAUGCAUAAAUUUAGUAACUGGCACCGAUGCACACAUCUUUAUUAGAUGA